CCUCUCAGCCUUCUUCACGUUCCCUUCAAGGCUUUUUUUUUUUUCCCUUCUUUUAGGCCUCGCACGCAGCCUCGGCCUCGCUUAGGGCAGCCAAGCCGGGCGAUGACGACGACGGCGUCGCCGCUGCCGCCGCUGCUGCUGCUGCUUGUGAGGCGGGUCCCUCGCUAAGGCGGCCACGGAACGCCAACCCCGGGCCUCCGCCGCGCUGCCAUGCCGGCUAAAAGGAAACUGGUGCCGCCGGCCCUCAACAUCACCCCGACCAUCGCUGAGGGACCUAGCCCCACCGGCGGGGAGGGCGACGGCUCCGAAGCACACCUUGUUGACCUCCAGAAAAAACUGGAAGAACUGGAGCUGGAUGAGCAGCAGAAGAAACGGCUGGAAGCUUUUCUCACCCAGAAGGCCAAAGUGGGAGAACUGAAAGACGACGAUUUCAAGAGGAUUUCAGAACUGGGAGCUGGCAAUGGUGGGGUGGUCACCAAAGUACAACAUAAACCCUCAGGGCUAAUUAUGGCACGGAAGCUGAUUCACUUGGAGAUCAAGCCUGCCAUACGAAACCAGAUCAUUCGCGAGCUCCAAGUGCUUCACGAGUGCAAUUCUCCGUACAUCGUCGGUUUCUAUGGCGCCUUCUACAGCGAUGGGGAGAUCAGCAUUUGCAUGGAGCAUAUGGAUGGCGGUUCCCUGGAUCAGGUUUUGAAAGAAGCCAAGAGGAUUCCUGAAGAAAUUUUGGGCAAAGUCAGUAUAGCAGUUCUGCGAGGAUUGGCUUAUUUACGAGAGAAGCACCAAAUUAUGCACCGAGACGUGAAGCCUUCUAACAUCCUGGUGAAUUCUCGAGGUGAGAUUAAGCUGUGUGAUUUUGGAGUCAGCGGGCAGCUCAUCGACUCCAUGGCCAAUUCCUUCGUGGGCACCCGGUCCUAUAUGUCUCCUGAACGUCUACAAGGCACUCAUUAUUCCGUUCAGUCGGACAUCUGGAGCAUGGGCCUCUCCCUGGUGGAGCUGUCAAUCGGACGGUACCCCAUCCCCCCGCCCGAUGGCAAGGAACUGGAAGUGAUCUUUGGUCGUCCCAUAGUCGAUGGGGCUGAAGGGGAGACCCACAGCAUCUCUCCGCGGCCCAGGCCCCCAGGACGUCCCGUUAGUGGUCAUGGGAUGGACAGCCGCCCCGCCAUGGCUAUUUUUGAAUUGCUUGACUACAUCGUGAACGAGCCACCUCCAAAACUGCCGACUGGGGUUUUCACCCAAGAAUUCCAGGAGUUUGUAAAUAAAUGCUUAAUUAAAAACCCCGCUGAACGGGCAGAUCUAAAGAUGCUGAUGAAUCACACCUUCAUCAAGCGCGCCGAGGUGGAAGAGGUGGAUUUUGCCGGCUGGCUAUGCAAGACGCUGCGGUUGAAGCAGCCCAGCACCCCCACCCGCACGGCCAUGUGACCGCCACGCCAGCUGCCUUGCCCUCCCUCCCUCCAUCUCUCUCUCUCUCUCUCCCUCGUGCACCUGCUUGUCUGCCGCUGUUCGCUGCCCUCCCGGCAGAAGGAAGACAGACGCCCCUUGGCCUCUCCUCCACCCUCCAUUUUUGCACCCGGAACAAGCCAGGCAGGAGGGUUGCCAAGAAAGAGACUGUCUCUCCCUCCCUCCCUCUCUCUCUCUCUCUC